AUGACUGUAGGGCCUGAGGGAAGCAGAGGGGAUUCCCGACCCCCAACUCCCUCUACCACCAGCGGUGACACCCAAGGCCUUAGCCGCCAGUUCCUGGAGGCAUGGCCACCGAAGGGGUCCAGACAAAUCCUAGAUCACCCGCUCCACAACCUUGGGGUCUGGAUGAAUGACAAACAGAGAGAGUGUUCCGUGAGCAGCCAGAAACAGGCUUUAUUUUCCUCUAUGAUCUUGGAAUUUGGAGUCCAAGAAGCUGCUGUGAAAGCUGGAGGCCUGCUUCCAGCCCAAAUAAGACUUGUUGCAGACAGGAAAAAGUGCAGCAGCAUCAUAGUUCCUGCAAGCAAGGAGGGCAAUGCAUACAGAUGUGAGGAAGAAGCAAAAGCUGCCGUGGCAAUCCUCCAGAAUAAGAAAUUCCAGUACCAUCGAACAUCCAUUGAGAAAGACUGCAGCAACCGAGGUGAGUCAAACCAACAGAAAGGCCAUGUGGGCUACAAUCAAGAAGGCCACAGAUUGGAGUUAAACAAGCCAUUUGGACAGAACAUCAUGUUAUGUGCCCCAGAUGCCAGAUGUGGAACUACAGGACUUGUUUUUCUAGCUGGAUUUAGACUUCCUGAACUCUCUCUCCUGGAUCAAGCUGGAGGCCUGGGGAGAUUCCAAAUUGUUCAGUUAGUUCUCUUUUGUGUCAUCAACAUCCUAACAUACCCACAUAUUGUACUGGAGAACUUCACUGCUGCAAUUCCUGAUCAUCGCUGCUGGGUCCAGAUUCUGGACAAUGACACUGUCUCUGGUAAUGUCACCAGAACUCUCAGCCAAGAUGCCCUCCUGAGGAUCUCCAUUCCCCUGGACUCAAACCUAAAACCAGACAAAUGCCGUCGCUUCAUCCAUCCCCAGUGGCAGCUCCUUCACCUGAAUGAAACUGUCACCAACACAGCUGAGGCAGACACAGAGCCCUGUGUGGAUGGCUGGGUGUAUGACAGAAGCUACUUCCCCUCCACCAUCAUAACUGAGUGGGACCUGGUUUGUGAAUCCCAGUCAUUAAAAUCAGUGGUUCAAACUCUGUUUAUGACUGGGUCACUGUUGGGAAGUCUGAUAUAUAGCCUUCUUUCAGACAGGUUUGGGCGGAAGGUGGUCUACCUGUGGUGCUUACUCCAGCUGGGCAUCGCUGACACUGCAGCAGCCUUCGCCCCCACCUUCCUCAUUUACUGCAUAUUACGCUUCUGGGCUGGGUUGAGUGUCAUGACUAUUAUGAUAAAUGCUUUUUGUCUCAUGUCAGAAUGGACAACAUCCAAAAGGAAGUCUGUAGGAAUAGUCCUGAUGAUGUCUUCCUACAGUAUUGGGCAGAUGUUCCUUGGAGGACUGGCUUUUGCCAUUAGAAGCUGGCACACACUGCAUCUGGCUAUGUCUGUACCCUUGCUUGUCCUCCUCUUGCCUUCCAGGAAGUUGGUGGAGUCCUUCCGGUGGCUGAUUGUCAGAAAUCAGCUAGAAAAGGGUGUAAAGGAACUUAGAAGAGUUGCACACAUAAAUGGAAAAAAGAAUGCUGAAGAGACCCUGACCAUAGAGUUUGUGAAAUCCACCAUACAGAAGGAGCUGGAUGCAGUCGAGGUCAAACCAUCUAUUUUUCAAUUGUUCCAUGCACCCAAAGUGAUUAUGAGAACAUGCUGCUUGUGCCUUUUCAGAUUUUCACAUGCUGUAUCCUUUUAUGGCCUCAUCCUCAACCUGCAGCACCUGGGGAGCAAUAUCUUCCUGUUCCAGGUUCUCUUUGGAGCCAUCACGCUCACAGCCAGAUUUGUUUCCCUUUGGACUCUGAAAUACAUGGGUCGUCGGACAAACCAGACACUGUUCUCAUUCCUGGCCGGAGUCUCCAUUCUGGUAAACACAUUUUUGCCUCAAGAAAUGCAGACUCUGCGUGUGUCUUUAGCAACCUUGGGAGUUGGAUCUGUUUCUGCUGCCGGCACUGGUUUUACUCUCCACCAAAUUGAGCUCCUCCCCACUGUAUUCAGGUCCACACUUUCAGGCAUUGUUUCAGGAUUCCAGAGAACAGGGGCAAUACUGGCUCCUCUCCUGAUGACCUUACUGGGGUAUUCUCUCCGUCUGCCCUGGAUCAUCUAUGGAGUCAUCAUCCUCUUUGCUGGCCUUGUUAUCUUGCCCCUUCCAGAAACCAGGAAUCAGCCUCUUGUUAACACCCUCCAGGAUGUGGAAAAUAAGUAA